UGACAACUUUUUUUCUCAGUGUGAGUGACAACCCCAUAAAUAAGAUAAGUUAACACUUCAGUUUUACUGAUUAUUUCAGGAAAGAGAAUUUCUCUAAUUGUAUAAGUUAAUAAUUUCUUUGUUAAAAUAUCUCGCCAUCUUAUUUUUUUCAUGGUUAUAAGCUGAAUAGGUGUUGUAAAAUUCCCAAAGGUAGAUGUGCACUAACCAACCCUAAAAACUAUAAAUAGAAAAGAAAGAGACACUAUGUACAGCUCAUUUUGCGCAAAAAUCAUGAAAUGACAAUUUUCCCAGCGCUUUUUCAAUUUUUGUUGCAUUUUUGAAUGUAUGAACUUUGCGAAAAUAACACUUAUCAAAAGUCAAAAAUUCUUGUUUUAACGUAAAAUUCAAUACUUUUUGAUGGCCUAUACAAAAAAUAUCAAGUCUCGUCCUUUCGGUCUUCAGACGCAUGCGCAUAGACAGUAAACAUUGCAGCAUGUCGUGCAAUGAGAGAAAGUGUAGAGGAUAGAUAGAUCCAGAAUUUUGACAGAUUCUGUAAGAAAAGAGGUAAAAAUAAAAUGAGAUAAAACUAAUAUGUGAAAUAAAAUUGACCUUGCGAUCAGUAUGACUGUUGGAAAACAAAGGGCUAGGAGAAACGAUUGUAACUCAGUGGCGGAUCUAGCUAGGAUUUCCGAAGGGGAAUGAGAAAGUCAAAUAUUAGCCAAAGUAAUCGGCUUUCUGGGUGCAAAAUUUGGAUUUUCACUCCCAAUUUGUGGCGAGAGGGAGGGGGGUCCUGCCCCCCCCCCCCCCUAAAUCUGCCAUUGGGACUAGCCGCGAAGACACUGCUUUAAAAGUAAACUUGUGCUAUUUUUAUCUGAACACGACACGUGUUAGUUGUAAAAACAUCGGUCAAUUGGAACAUGGAAGGGUUUCUGUUGAAACAAUGAUUUUUAUAAUUACUUAUUAUAAGGAGCAGAGAAUACUCUUAUACUUGAAAGGUGAGUGUGGACCCCCUUGAAGGGGAAUUUAAAUAAUUUCCUACACAACACCUUUGAUGUCAUUCAAAACCACGUGAUGUAAAUAAGCAUUCAAAAGUCCGAAUCAGCAUGAAGAAACCUUUGAAUUCCGGACGAUCUUCAAAGCGCAUUUGAGAGUAAAUUGAUGCAUCCAAUUGUUCAAAAUUGUCAGUAUCGAUAUGAUAUUUAUCAUUUUAUCAAUACGUGUUUUAAAAAACUCUUUAUCAAAAUGUGGAAAAUGAGCUGUAGUGUCUCUAAGAAUUCUAUUGGUCAGAAACAGUAACAAUAGAAGAGUUUUCUGGAAGUUUUCUUUGUGUGAUAUGAAUGGAAUGACCUCAAAUAUAGAUUGACAAACAGAUGAAUGGUACAUGUACAUGUGGACACUUUGUGAGAUGUCUAAUGAAUUUUUUUAAAAAGUGAAAUUGAUAAGAGUUUAGUAAAGUUCAAUUUAAUCAAUAAAAAAAAAUUGUAUUUGAGAGAGAGAGAGAGAGAGAAUACACCCUUUUCUUUACUUAAAGUAAUCAAAAGUAUUUUUGAAAGAAAAAUAUAAUCAAAUUUGAUUUUGUUCCAAAUUUAUUGAUUUAAAAACACUUCAAAUAAUGUUUCAAAUGAGAGAGAGAGAGAGAGAGAGAGAGAGAGAGAGAGCACCUUUAAUUAAACAUGUUAAAGUAUUCAAAUGUAUAUCUGAGAGAGAAAUAUAUUCAAUUUGAUUUAAUUGAUGUUCACUUUGAAAAAAAAAUCCUAGGGAAAUAGCUGCAAAAGACACUGAAAUCAACUCAGAUUUACCUGUAAAAGCAAUCUACGCUUGAGUAACUUUGUGACCUAAAUUCAGACCAAAUGUGAUUCUUGGCUGACCAAAUUGUAAAGUCUAUUGAUCAAUUCAGCAGGCAAUUGAAAACUCAACCGGUCUUUUGUAAUUCGCUGUAACGGUCACACCGUACAACAUAUUAUUUUGAAUAUUCUUCCGCUAAAUCUUGGAUGAUGUACAUAUCAUAUGCAUGCUAUGUAUUUUAAAUUGUCUUUGAUGUAUGUGAUUGUCGUUUAAAAAGCUCCACAGAGCUUAUGUUGACUUGUUAAAUGUAUAUAGUACCGACUCUAUUUAAAUAAAAUUUACUUUUUACAAAUAUUACGGAAUAUGAUGACACGGCACGUUUUGUGUUUUAUACUAUUUUUAUCACUUCCGAAAAAAUCACAUGACGGAUCGUCAUUAUCAUAAAGCAGAUUAGGUAUAUAUAGUCAGUGACUAAGUGAGAAAUUAACUGAAAACACAUCGCAAAUAUGACAGGUUGUACCAUGACUUCAAAGAUUGGGCUAUUGCUGAUAGGUCUGAUAUUCUGGAGUGUUGCUGCCGGGUUGUGCUUUAUUGGAGGAUGGGUCUUUAACACUUACAAACAUUUUGAUGAAAUCGCAGAGGCCAACUUUACAUUGGUUCCCGCCUCCAUCAUUAUAGCAGUGGGGGUGAUGAUGUUCCUCGUGGGCAUUGUAGGAUGUAUCGCAGCAUUCAAGGAGAACAAGUGUCUACUGGCGGUGCUCUUUUCCUUCUUGUUGGUUAUUCUCACAGCACUUAUUACAUCUGGAGCUCUUGGAUAUGCCUUCAGAAGUGAUGUUGCUAAUGCUGUCGAGAGUGGACUACAGAAAGCAGUUGAUUCUUACCACCCAAAUAACAUACAACAAGACCAAGUGGACUACUUGCAAAGACAUCUGAAGUGUUGUGGUGUGAGCAAUGCAUCUGAUUGGCUUAAUGCUAAAGCUUGGGCUCCCACGGCCAACGAAACUGUCCCAGAAAGUUGCUGUGUUGCAGGCAUCAACUGUACAGAAGAAAGGCGGGAAAUGUACAAUAAUCCCAAAUACAUUUACCAAAAGGGAUGUUAUGAGAAGUUGGAGCAUGAAUUCAUGUCCAAUUUGGCCUACAUUGCUGGAACAGCAAUUGGGCUUGCAGUGAUAUUGAUCUUGGGUAUGGUCUGCAGUUGCAUACUAUUAUGUCGCUCCAAGGAGGUUCGUUAUGAGGCACUGGGAGGACAAUACUCCGGACUGCGUGUGUAGGAACGUUCCUCAUGGGAAGGCUUUUUGUGAAAUAGGAUUUCCCAGUUCCAGGAAAUUACUACAACUUUAAACAAGCAUCAAUGAAGAGCACUAAACUUCCACAUCCCCGUUAUUCAAGUUUUUUGUCUGUUUUUUUUAUUUUUAGUUUGUUGUUAAUAACUAUGAAUAGUUAUGUUUUAUUGCAUGGUUUAUUUUCGAUGACAAAAAAAUCAUCCAGAGAGAGAUUUAACUUCAUGGGUGGGUAGAUGAUCAGGAUUGAGUUGUACAAAGGUUAGUUAACUUUAAGUCACAGUUAACUUGCCAUUAAGUCUUACCUUUUUAUUGCAUUAACUAAACAUUAACUGUUAGUUAAAUUCCACACAUGCUUGUGCAACUGGGUUUGGGUUUAUAUGCUUUAUGAAAUAUUGUAAAGGAAUUAUUGGAUUACAUUUACGUGUUAUAUAUGAAGUAAUUAAACAUGUUAACUAUCGUACAUGUAAGUAGUUUGGGUUUUGUGGUAAUGUUGACAAAUUAGAAAAAUGAUGCUUGUUCUCCCUAAAGGUAGCACCAGAUCUACCACAGUUAAAGUCCUAACUGUGUAGUGGGUGAGGACAUUGUACCAGCAAGAGAAACAAGCAAUCUGAUUUUGUAUAAGUAUGAAUAUUGAUGAACAUUGAAUUCUGCAACCAAUAAGAUUUGAAGUUUGGUUUUUGAUUUUUGACCCACUAAAUGUCUGUGGUUUUGUUGUAAACUUAUCAUUCCAUCCAAUUCUUUUUUGUAUGUUCAUUCUGUAUCGCACAUGUUAAGAAAAAGUCAUUCUGUAAUGGUGGAAUGCAAAGCUGAUGUUUAUCUACCGUAGUCACGUAAAUGAUUUUGAUUUGACUGCCGAGAUAUUUUUGUUGAUGAGCUUCAUUUGACAUUUCCAGCUUUAUGUAUUUGGUAGUGGCAUGUUAUGAGUAUCAUACGAUUACCAUGGGAUCUGCAGAAGAAACAUCACUAAUAAUAUUAAGUAAUGCAAUUUGUUUGCAAUAGCUGCAAAGCUAUAUGAUUAUUUCUUAAUCUGAUUAUAAUAUGUCAUAAGUAUGUAUAAAUUGGCAUCUAUUGAAUUUAGUUUCAUUUGCAUGUUUCAAAUGAAAAUCCUAUGAAUUUAACAUAUCUGGUGAAGUUGAUAGUUAACUUUUGUGAUAUAAUUACAUUGUACUAGAUUUUUUUUUUACAAGUGUGAGAAAUGUUUUGAAUAAGGAAUGUAUUUAUCUGCAACAACCUUUCAACAAAGCCUUUUGUGUGUUAAUCUACUAGUUGUGAUUAGAGUUUUUAUGUCAAUGAAAGAUUAUUUAUAUAGACCAAAUUUCAUGCGUUUCCAUGCAUGCUAUGUAUCACAUGUACUUAAUGUAAAUACCAGACUUUGCUAUGAUGUUGUAUUAGCUGGGGGUUUGUAAACAUUGCAUUUUUUAUACAUACAUAUACUUAUAUCUUUUUCUUUUUUUAAAUAUAGGUUAGCAAAUUUUUGGAUACUUCUAAGUUUUAAUGAGCUAAAUGAAGGUACAUUGAAUAUAUAUGAAACUGUAUUUCUCCAUUUGUUUGAUAUGUUUACAUGGGAUGAAAAUAAAAAAAACGUUCAAAAAUCGGUUUAAGAUGCAUUCAGAUUCUGUAUACGGAGUAUGUUAAAUUUGCACUUUCCUAUUAAUAAUGCAGAUUGAGGUGAAUGAUAAGACAAUGAUUUAAAUGAACAUACAUUUUAGGCGUAGUAGUUUGAAGCAUUGAUGGACUGUUUAGACUCGUGAAUCUCUGUACUCUGAAUUACAUGCUUUGUUGUUGUUGUUUUUAAAAUAAAGUUAAAAAAUGUCA